AGAAUUUUUGUGUGUAUGAAUAGAGAAGUAUGUGUAGGUUUAGGGUUUCACAAGUGGGUAUUAAAAUUUAUAAAAAUUAGAUAAAUAGAGUAGAUAUGUUUUAAUAUCAUAUUUAUAUAACAAAAAUCUAGGAUUUUAGUGAAAAUAUACCUCAAAUUGAUGGUAAUUAGGAUAAUUAGAAUGGCAGUAUAAGUUAAUAAGAAAAUUGAAUACCGAAAU